CGUGACAUGAAGCGUAUCGCUUACGUGAUUUGAGAACGCAUACGACAGUGUUUCUAUUUUCUACCAGUUUGAAACCAGAGAGGAAACAUGUAUCCCAGUGCUGGAAUCAACGCAGCCGCUGUGGCCGCUGCCGCUGCCAGGCAUCCGGGUCCACCACAGCCUAACCAGCCGUAUAAAUUCUCGAUCGGCGAGUUGUGCGAUCGUAUCAAGGAGGACUUCAACUUUCUUCAGACGCAGUAUCACAGUAUUAAGUUGGAGCUGGAGAAACUGGCCCAGGAGAAGACGGAGAUGCAGCGCCACUACGUUAUGUAUUACGAGAUGUCCUACGGGCUGAACGUGGAAAUGCAUAAACAGACAGAGAUAGCGAAGAGGUUAAACGCCAUAAUUGCUCAGAUCCUGCCGUUCCUCUCCCAGGAACAUCAACAACAAGUCGCUACUGCUGUUGACAGAGCCAAACAAGUGACCAUGACCGAACUCAACGCCAUUAUCGGGCAACAAAGGCCAGACCUGCCCAGGUUGCUCCAGCAGGUGCACGCCCAGCAGUUACCGCCAAGUGCCGCGAUGGGUCCUCAUCCAGGUAUACCCGGGCUUCCUGGACUUGGUCCCGGCGCGGGGCUUCCUGUUCCUACGUCAGCUUCUGCGGCUCUUCUCGGAUUAGGUAUUCCGCCGGGCGCUGCGGCCACCGCUGGAGGCGCAGCUGCUCAUCCGCUCUCGAUGUUGACCAAACCGGACCUUCAUCGGGGUCAGCCCGAUGACUUGAAGCACAACGGAGGUCUUAAUCCGGCCGAGGAGAGGCAUAGAAAUUCGAUAUCGCCAGCGGAACGCGAAAAAUACAGCAGGCCGCGAUCACCAGAUCCUCAGCACCACGAUCACCUCCCUCUGAAGAAGAUGAAGAAAGAACAGGACAAAGAUAUUGGCCAUCAAAGCGAUGGUGAAAAGAGCGACCAAGACUUGGUGGUGGACGACGCGAGCGAAGGACCGACGAGUCCUACGGCGAACGGUACCUCGUCGCCAAGGGAGAACGGCCUCGACAAGCUCGGUCCGUCCUCGGUGCCUUUGAGCAGCCAGGUGAAGAAGGAAGUGCCGCCACCCUCGCCAAGGAGUGGCACAAGCAGCAACGCGAGCACGCCCUCGGCUAAGAAGAUGGAGGAACGGGAGAAACCGACCACACCGAUCUCCAAACCUGUCACACCUACGUCAGCGGGUGGUAGCAGCUCCGGGUCCGGUGGUCUGAAACCAUCGAGUUCCAGUAAACCACUGGUCUCGGCUUCGGCGGUCGGCCCUUAUCCGCCACACUAUCCGCCGCCACAUCAUCCGCCCGCAGGACCUCAUGUGGACAUGUUGGGUUAUCCUCCUGCCCUGAAUGGAUAUCCCGCAAGACCGCCUCUUCAGCAACUGUACGAUCCUCACGGAAGCAUGAGGGCACCUCUUGGACCUCUCGGUGUACCCGGUGGCAAACCAGCGUACAGUUUCCAUGUAUCGAGCGAGGGGCAAAUGCAGCCGGUUCCGUUCCCGCACGAUGCUCUAAUUGGACAAGGAAUACCACGUCAUGCACGCCAGAUAAAUACUCUGACACACGGGGAGGUGGUGUGCGCUGUAACGAUCUCGAAUCCGACUAAAUACGUUUACACCGGUGGCAAAGGAUGCGUCAAGGUCUGGGACAUCAAUCAGAGCGGCAGCGGUAGCGCGAAACACGUUUCGCAGCUUGAUUGCCUGCAACGGGACAACUACAUCAGAUCGGUGAAACUGCUACCAGACGGGAGAACCCUGAUAGUAGGCGGCGAAGCAAGCAACCUCAGUAUCUGGGAUUUGGCGAGUCCAACGCCGAGGAUCAAGGCGGAACUGACCUCGAACGCGCCGGCAUGUUACGCUCUGGCCAUCUCGCCGGACUCGAAAGUUUGCUUCAGCUGCUGCAGCGACGGUAACAUCGCCGUUUGGGAUUUGCAGAGUCAGUCUCUGGUCAGGCAAUUCCAAGGUCACACGGACGGUGCCUCCUGCAUCGACAUAUCCGCGGACGGUUCGAAAUUGUGGACCGGCGGAUUGGACAAUACCGUGCGCUCGUGGGAUCUUCGAGAGGGCAGGCAACUUCAGCAACACGACUUCACCUCGCAGAUAUUCUCGCUCGGCUAUUGUCCGACCGGCGAGUGGCUUGCGGUGGGAAUGGAGAACUCGAACGUCGAGGUGCUGCACGCCACGAAACCGGACAAAUAUCAGCUUCAUUUGCACGAGUCUUGUGUACUUUCGUUACGUUUCGCUACCUGCGGCAAAUGGUUCGUCUCUACCGGCAAGGACAAUUUGCUGAACGCGUGGCGUACACCGUAUGGUGCCUCGAUAUUCCAGUCGAAGGAGUCUUCGUCGGUGCUCAGUUGCGACAUCUCCACCGACGAUAAAUACAUAGUGACUGGGUCAGGUGAUAAGAAGGCGACCGUAUACGAAGUGAUAUACUGAACGAUCCACUGGACGAUGCACCUUCGAGACGACCGAUGUUAUCGAAUGUGUUACGUUUUUCUAAUACUGGUGCAUACACGAGAAACGGAGAAUAAACAGGCUUAGGAACCAGAAGAAAGAAGAAGCCUGUUCAAA